GGUAUGCAGUAGACGCAGCUGCAUACGCACAAUACUACGGCCAGCCAUCAGCAUAUGCAUAUUAUCAACAAUAUCAGCAAACACCCAGCGUCACCCCACCUGGCACAAGAUACCCCAACACGAGCACAUUCUCAGCAGGUGCACCCGGCUACUCGCAGCAAGCAUAUGAUUGGACUGCAUAUCAGCAACAAGUCACCCAAGCUCAGCUUCAGCAGCACCAACAUCAACAGCAACCGCAACUGUAUAGCGCAGUCGCAGCGAUGCCGCCUACGGCUCAAUCUGGAAGCGUCGUGGUCAACAUCACAUCAGCAAAAUCGGCUGCUGCGAGUGCCCCGCCUGUGGCUGCCCCUACACAGAGCAAGCCAUUCAGUUUUGCUGUGAGUUCCCCCAAGAAGCCUGCAUACAUACCACUAAAAACAAAGAGCAAGCUGAAAGAAUCUCCACUGGCUGCUCAAUCGGCGGAUGACGCUUCGUCCAAUUCAUCGAAGCCCUCACAAAAGUACAAUGUAAAUGAUCUUCCAGAGGGACUGAGACGCUAUGUUACGCGGGCAAUGACUGCGUGCCCGAAGGGAAAGUGGGACGAGGUCAAAAGCUGGGUGCAUGAGUUGAUUGUAAAGACAUUGCAAAAUGGGGCAAUGGAUACCACGGACUGGGACAAAAUGCCCUUACCAAGUGCCGCACUCCCGGAGGAAGCACCCAAAAAGACUACUCGCGCGCAGGGAAAUUGGCGCUCACCUUCCCCUCCACCUUCUCUUCGCACUUCCCAUAGCCAGUCCAAAAAGCGUAAGACUUCCCCGUCUGUUACUAAUAAUCUCUCCUCACCAGCAGCAAAAACCGCGAAGGUAGAUAGCAGUACAUCGAAAAACAGUGGCGCCAAUGGUAGCCAUUCGCCUAUGGACGUUGAUAGACCGGGCUCCAGUGCGUCGGCCACGUCAGCAAUGGGUUUUGUUGACAAGAAAGGCACCGCGAAGACAAAGAAAUCCCGCGAUGCAUCGCCACUACCACAAAAGACGCUGGUCAGCAAAGGAAACCCUGUUACAAGCGUCAACGCCUCUGGGACGCCUCCUACAUGGGGUUCAGACAACGAGGACGAUGAUGCAAUGUUGAUGAAAUUGCCUCCAUCGCUUCGAAAUGCUGAAAUUGCGAGGCGAAAAGCGAGGAAAGAUCGGUUUGGAGGCAGAGAGGCAGAAGAGAAGCGGAUCAAGCAGGAAAAAGAGCGCGAAGUCAAACGAGCGCAGGAAGCGUUCUUGAAGGCGGGCGCGGAGGGCAACCCGGACGUACUCGACUGGGACGAGUUCACCAUCAUAGGGACAAGCACGCAGUUGGAGAAGCGAUACCUCCGGUUGACCUCAGCUCCGGACCCGUCUACUGUGCGGCCCGUGCACAUUUUGCGGCGGACUCUGGAUCUUCUGAUUAGCAAAUGGAAAGAAGAAGCAAACUAUACCUACAUCUGUGACCAGUUUAAGAGUUUACGGCAAGACUUGACGGUGCAACGAAUCAAAAACGAUCUUACGGUCGCUGUUUACGAGACGCAUGCACGGAUUGCGUUGGAGAAGGGGGACUUGGGUGAGUACAAUCAAUGCCAAGCACAACUGCUCCAGCUUUACAAGUUCCACAAUCUUUCGGGCGCCAUUGACGAGUUUACGGGCUACCGCGUCCUCUACUUGGUGCACACGGACAACCGCACCGAGCUGAUCAAACUCAUUUCGGAUCUCACCGCGGCGCAAAAGGAAGACACAGCAACGCAACAUGCCCUUAACGUGCGCACCUCUGUCGCUACGGGCGAUUACCACCGCCUCUUCCGUCUACAUAACACUGCACCGAAUAUGUCUGCCUACCUAAUGGACCACUUCAUCGACCGGGAACGCAUCCGCGCCCUGAAAGUCAUCUGCCGCGCAUACCGUCCUUCCAUCCCCGUCGCCCACCUCGCUGCCGAACUGGGAUUCAUUCACCCUGACGACGUAGAAGAGGAGAAUGCCGCUGCCAUCAUCCGCGGGCGGAAACUCUGCGCCAAGUGGAUCAAGAGCAAUGCGGGUUCGGCUGCGGUGUGGGUGGAUGGCAAGAGCGGCGGGUCGGGGUCUCUGGACACAAAGGAGAGCGUGAAGGGAUUCCUGCUGUUGGUGGAGAAAGUGAAGAGCAAAGGGGUAGACAUCAAGGGACAGAUUCAUUGAUGUUAUUUUAUCCCUCCCUCGAUGGCAAUUCUCCCUCGAUGUUCUUUCCCCUCCCCUCGUCUCAAACUCCCCCAACUUCCCAUCCUCCCCUAUUUGUCGUGAUGGUUUU